AUGUACCUGGUUUCGGAUACCAAAGCCGUUGAUUUCUGUCUCUGUCACUUGGUGAUCAAUUGCCUAAGAAUUUAAUGGAACGCCUAUCUGCUUUGAGAACUCGUGUUGUUGUUAUGGCUGGCCAAGAAGCACCAACAGUUUCAAGAACAAGGAGAAAAAGUGCUACACAACAUGGAGGUUCAACAUUGGCCGAUCUUCACCAGGCUCUUCAAGACUACUUGCCUGUUCUGUUGGGAUUGUUUAAAGAUGGAAGCCAGCUACAACACAACGUGCAAUUUGCGUGGAUGAAUCAAGAAGAUGAAGCAGAGGAAACAGCCAUUUCUAAUGCAUGGUAUGAGGUGUUGUCAGUUUUGCAUUUGAUGGCGAUGCUAUCAUUAUCACAGGCCAACUUGUUACUUCUUCCAAGAACAUCUUGUGAUGGUUAUCAGCCAAAAGUAUCGGAAGAGAAUAGGCGAGCAUCAGUUGAUAUUUUCUUGAAGGCUGCAGGGUAUCUGGAUUGUGCUGUUCGGCAUGUGCUUCCACAAUUUCCUACUUCACUAAGGGAAGAUUUACCAGUGGACCUUGCAGAAGGUGUUCUUAGAGCACUUUGCCUUCAAGCAUUGGGACAGGGUGUUGAUAUCCAAUUAGGAAUGGCAAUCGAUAGUGCCAAAGCUACUCUUGCAGUGAAGCGAAGGCUUGCUUGUGAGAUGGUAAAGUACUGGCAGCAGGCUCAAGAUAAUAUAAUGAACCUUCCAUUAGCAAAUGGUUGGGGGGAAAAGCACCGGCUCUUCAUAAAGUGGAAAUAUGUGGAGGCAAAGGCUGCAGCAUACUAUUAUCAUGGUUUAAUCCUUGAUGAAGGGAACACAGAAAAGUCUCAUGGGAUGGCUGUAGCUGCUUUGCAAGCUGCAGAUGAGUAUUUUAAAGAAAGUAAACGAUCAUGUGAGGCAUUCAAUGCAGCUUCUCCUUUGUCAAGAAACCCACCGCUUUGGGGAACCAUGAAGUACCUCUCUGAGAAAAUUCCAAAAGAUACUUCUAGCAAGGUGCGGAUAAACCGUGAUCUAUAUUCCCAUGAAAAAAUCAUGGAGACAGCACCAACAUUGCCUGAUUUUUCUUUGGCACUGAAACCUGAUGAAUUUCAGCUCCCUCCUGUGGUCCCGUCCUGGAAUGAGGAUAAUGUUGGUGGUGGACAAGCCAGUUCGAACCACCUGAAGGGUGAGCGAAGAUAGGUCAUACUGCAUUUUCAGAAAAGAUACACAAAUGGGGCCAAAAAUUUGUUUUGAGACGUGGAAUUGGCAAGUCAACAAGAGAACCAUUCUUAGAUUGUGUGCCAAACCUUCCUUUUAGCACCCGGUGUUCCAGCCUCUUCUGAUUUUUUCCCUUCUGCAUCUCUUCUCCCUUUGUCAAGACCUGUAAGUGAUCUGUGUUGUCGACCUCUGUACAAGUUCUUGUUGUGUGUAAAUUAGAUACUGCUUGAAAAGUGUUGAUUUUUCUUUACCAACAAUGACGUUCUCUUCAUUGAUAUUGAAAUUGUCUAGUUUGAUAGAAA